UUAUAUACAUAUAAAUAUAUAUAUAUGUAUAUAUAUAGAUCGAUCGGUAGCAAUCACUUUAAAGGCUAAUGCCUUUAAUUGCUUAUGUUUGUUUUUUAAUAAAUGUGAUAAUUGAACUGAUAGUGCGUGACCUAUAUUAUCGCUUCGGAUAGUUGAACAGUAAACUGGGUUUCGAAUAUUUAUGUUUUGAAACAUACGGAACAUUUAAUAAAAAUUUUGCGCAUACAUCUUAAGCUUAUGUAUACAAUUUAACCGACAUUUUAAUUGAUUUGAUUUCAUUGAAAUAAUCAAAAUGAUGACACUGCCACAACAUUUACUGCCUUCGUCUAUUAGUAGUCAUAACUGUGUUGCGUUUUUGUUGCUCAUUAUUAGUAGCGCAAUUAUUUCAGUUGAGAGUUGCACCCGAGCACCGACUUACUUACAACAUGGUCGCCGUUCGCGUGGUGAUAAUGGAUAUAAGUUAAUUGUAGCGGACAGUCCCAACGGCUAUGUGCCUGGCAAGACUUAUAAUGUACUGCUUUUGGGUUCACGCACCCAUAUGAAAGUGCAGCAUUUCACGCAUUUCACAAUAACCGCCGAAGCUCACGUAGGCGCCCGACGUCCCGUACCGGCCACGCCGAAACGUGUCGGCCGUUUUCAAUUAUUUAGCGACGGUUUAGCAAAGUUCAGCGAUCGUUGUGUAAAUACCGUCUCCGAAGCCGACGAUUUACCGAAAACAGAAGUACAAGUUAUGUGGGUUGCCCCUGCCGCGGGCUCGGGUUGCGUAUCUCUCUCGGCCAUGGUUUACGAAGGGCCGCGUUCUUGGUUCUCAGACGACGGUCAACUAAGUCAAGUAAUUUGUGAAAAGCGACCUGAUUCUAACACUGCCCAGAAAAUGUGUUGCGCUUGCGAUGAAGCGAAAUAUAGCUUCGUUUUCGAAGGCAUUUGGUCCGAUGAAACCCAUCCAAAAGAUUUUCCCUUCGCAGCAUGGUUGACGCAUUUCUCCGAUAUCGUUGGAGCUUCACAUGAAACCAAUUUUUCAUUUUGGGGAGAAAAUCAUAUAGCCACUGAUGGUUUUCGUUCAUUGGCUGAAUUUGGUUCACCAAGUGCUCUAGAGGCUGAGCUAAGAGGUAAAGGGCCACGCUUAAGAACUUUAAUAAAAGCUGCUGGUCUAUGGUACCCUCAAGUAAAUACUAACACUUCGUCAACAUUUCGUGUCGAUCGUAAACAUCAUAAGGUUUCUAUGGUAUCUAUGUUUGGUCCCUCGCCCGAUUGGGUGGUUGGUAUAAACGGCAUAGAUCUAUGCAUGGAUGAUUGCUCGUGGAAAGACGCUUUGGACUUCGAUUUGUAUCCGUGGGAUGCCGGCACCGAUUCAGGCAUUUCUUACAUGUCGCCGAACUUGGAAACCCAGCCGAGAGAACGCAUGUAUCGCAUUACUACAAUGUAUCCGGAAGAUCCUCGUGCGCCUUUCUAUAAUCCAACAUCUCGUGACAUGACGCCUUUGGCCAAAUUGUACAUUAGAAGAGAAAAAAUUUUGCCGAGAAACUGUGAUGAUGAUUUUCUGCAAGCUUUGAAAGUUGAUGUAUCUGAUAACAUAGAGGAACAGGAUACAAAGGUUGAGUGCCGUGUAACGGAAUAUUCUGAAUUCUCACCUUGCUCGGUAACUUGUGGCAAGGGUAUUCGCAUGCGCACCAGACAUUAUUUGCAGCCAGAAAAGGCCGAAGCUGCCAUGUGCACACGACAGUUGGUCAUGAAAGAAAUGUGUGCUGCCGCUAUACCAGAAUGCGGUGCACAGGAAGACGAAGAGGAAGGAGAAAAUUUGGCGAAAUCUAUUUCUCCGGUCAAUGAAAAUGGUGAAGGAAAUGGGUUAUGUCAGACAACGCAUUGGAGUGCAUGGUCUGAAUGUUCAGCUUCUUGUGGCAUCGGCAUUACAAUGAGAACUCGUGCUUUCAUCAAUCACUUGGGACGGAAACGCUGUCCGCAUAUCAGCAUCGUUGAAAAACAGAAAUGCAUGCAACCGGACUGCGUCUUUGAACAAAUAGAAUUGCCUGAUCCCAUGUGUCCUACUACGCAAUGGAGCGAUUGGAGUCCAUGCACAGCCACUUGCGGCCGAGGCGUUACGAUACGCACCCGUUUGUUACUGUUAGAAGACGAAACAAUUAAGGAGAAUUGUACGAAGCGUCUGGAUUUGAACCAACAAAAAGAGUGUUCGGUAUCGCAAGACUGUACCAUUAGCCUCGACAUGGCCAAAAAUUUAUGUUCGGAACGUUUUGACGCCGGCCCUUGCCGUGGAAGUUAUAUGCGCUACGCUUAUAACAAGGAAAGUGGACGUUGCGAAACUUUUACUUAUGGUGGCUGCCGUGGGAAUCGAAAUAAUUUCUUAACUGAAAUUGAUUGCCUAAAUACUUGCAGCAUUCUGGCAACAUCUAGUGUUCAAAUUGUAACAUCAAGACCUAAUUUUCCUGAAACCGCUUAUGCUUCCCAUAAUCCAGAUGAUAGUGUACCAGAAGGUUGCAUUAUGUCAGAAUGGUCAAAUUGGUCAGAAUGCAGUGUUCGCUGCGGUCUCGGUUAUUCUGAACGUUAUCGCUACGUUAUCAGUGAACCUAAAAACGGAGGUCAGCCUUGUCCAAAGCGCACUGUUAAGAGGCGUCGUUGCACAAUGACCGAUUGUUAACUUUUAUUUUUUCUUAACACGCGUAGAUGUUUAAUCUUGUUUCAGAUAGAUAUUUUUUAUUCUAUUCGAUGAUAAAAAAAAUUGGAAAAGUGCUUCCAUAUAUGUUGAAAAAAAUGAAGUU